CGGAUACACGUGACCUCCACAGUAGCCGGAAGCACGUGACCUCCACAGUAGCCAUAAACACGCAUGGAUACCGUGGAAGUCUUGCAAGUUGAUCGCAAAGAUGCACAUAUCAAUCUGGAAUUCGGGCUUAAAGCCAGAAUUGCAGGAAUGCAACACGUGUUGCAGAGGACUUUCACUGCCCUCUGUGCCCCACUUUCAGCCCUACCGUCAGGGCAAAGAUUGAGGAGCAUCUAAGUGUGCAUAUAAAAAAUGCUUUGCAUUUCAAUGAUAAAAUGAUAUGCCGGUGCAGGCUGCCUUGUAGGACAACAGGACACUUUCACUGCCCUGUCUGUAAGAUUACAAUCAUACGGCGUGGGGAUAUGGCAAGGCAUUUAUUGUCUUGUCAGCAUUCUUCAAUGCCAAGUCAGCCACCAUUAUCAGGACUGCUCCCCGCUGAACUCUCCGAGGAGACCCCUAUUCUUCCGGCAGUACUCUUCGAGGAGCCCCAUCUCCCCCCCAAGGUUUUGUCUUCGGUAUGUGAACCAUUUUCUGAAUCUUUGUUAGAACAUUCCUAUGCUCUACCCUCUGUGUUCAAUAAAACUGCAGCUGAUGGAAAGUCCAUGAAAAUGACAUGCCCUCACUGUGGCCUUACUCUUCGUACCAAAAACUACAAGGCUCACAUGAUGAGGAAGCACUCCAACCGAUCAAUAGAUGUUUCCCUGGCCAGUCAUCUGCAGUGUGUUUGUGUAGAUGAAACUACAGGGUUAUUUGCUGUGCAGAGAACUGGCCAUGGGUUUUCUGUGCCAGUUCACGUUCAGAGGAAAACAUGGGGGAUGUCUCACAAUAUCAGAUGUGAGCUGGAGGAAUGUCAGCAAUACCAGUUGCUGGCCCAGCGGAGCGGACUAGGCUUCAGUUUAUGUGAGCACCUUCGCUCACUAGAUUACUGCCGAGAAACUGUAAAGGAGGUUUUUCUUCAAGAGCACAUCGUGAUGGAAAUGGUGGACCUUAAAUUUUUUGGAGAGGCCAAAGCUGCUACAUGCAUAAAGAGACAGAAAGCUGCCCAGAUGGCACAUGCUCCACUUUGUGUGAGGGUGGAUUUUGGUGGAUCCUCAACACAGAUCUGUUUGUCUGUAUUUGAGCCGGAAAUACACAGUUUCUGCCGUCUUGGCAGAAUAUUUGUGACUUACAAUGCUCUGAGGAACACCUUGCAUUGUGCUUGUGCAAAGCCACGAAUAUCAUGUCCUCAUAAAAACAUAGCUAAAUGGCAUCUCUUCCAGACACAGAGAGACAUCUUCAAAUCAACUGUACCACUAUCAUCAGGCACCCCAUCACAGAUGACUCAGGAGAGUUCUUCCUUUGAGGACAAUGCUGCUAUCGAAAGGAGUAUCCGCUAUAUGUUUAAAGAGAAAAAAAUUCCUGGAUCUCUUCCAGAAAAUGUCAUCUCACAGAAAAUGGAUCAUCAGAAACAGCUCUUUCCAUGUGAAACGUUGUGCCAGGUGUGCCCAGAGCACCCAAAACUUGAUGAGGCUGUUCUAGUUACCAAUAAAGCGAGGAUUGUCAGCAUGAUGGGAGUGAUUGAGAAUGUUUCAACACACCAUAGAUUGUGUCCUCAGUGCCACAUGGUCUACAGAUACCAGGAGUGGACAGAUGGGCUACACAACUUUGACAACCACGUUGUUUUGUGUCUUGAACUCUGCCUUUUUUUGAGAGAAAAUCUGCAGAACCAUGUAUCGGCUUCAAGGGUCAUUGACUCAUUGGAGGGCUUAAGAAGAGUGAAGUUUCCUUCUAGGGAUACCAUUUUUCAUGCUUAUUGCCAUUUUGAGGCUUUGACUGACACAGACUAUGUACUCCUGCAUAAACUGUGGGUUUCAUCCCCCUGUGGUAGUUAUGGACUUACACAGAAAAGGGGUGUUCAAGUUAGCAGUGAGUGACCUCAAAGCCCCGGAAGACUUCAAUGGUGAACAUGACAUUGAAGGUUUUUGGAACUCUAUUCACCUGGAAAUGAUAAGCCGUGGGUUUUUUCCAAGCGGCGUGAAGAAUCCAUUUUCAGUUCCACCAAGUUACACGCACUGGGCACCAUGGAUCGGGAGUGAAACUCGAACAAGUGACAUUGUGCUUAACACAGAGUUUCAAAAAGUAGGAACAAACUCUUCACAUGAAGCAAAGCUUAGCAGUGUCACAGAAGACCGUCUGUUGGAUGAACUCGCCAAACAAAAGGUUGGAGUGGUAAGAAAAUUGUGUAAAGCAUGCAACAUCGACUCCAAAGGCUCCCGCUUUGAUCUCAUCACCAGACUGAGGGAGAAGAUGAAGAGCAGGCAGACAUAUGAUAAGGUCUUUCAAAGCAUAUGGGGGGCCUCUGGAGGAUGGUCUGUAAUACUAUGUCCACAUGGCAUUGUAUACAGUGUUAAAUUUAAUCUUCGUGCUGAAAGUCCCCGGGAUUUUGCUGACCUUCUCCUGUCCUGGAAGCACAUGCCAAACGUCUGUGUUUACGAUUUUGCGAGGGGUUUGGUGGCACACACCAAUUUGCGGGUUCCUGAUAAACUGCCAUUUCAUCCACAUGAAGGUCGACUGGCUGAGCCCACUGAGGAAAAUGUCAAGGCUGCACAGGAUGGAAGCCUGAAAGUGAGUCUUCCAUGGCUACAUGAAAGGAUGGAUAGUGUAAAUGAAAAUCCUCAUCCUGUCACUGGAUCAUCUGACCAUUAUGUCCUGUAUGACAGAUUUCACGAGGGAAAUACAAAAGAUCCCAAGGACAUAUUACGCAGAAUUCAACUUGUCCCAGAGCUGAAAGGCUGGCUGAACAGUCAAGUUGUUGAACAGUUCUUUGCAAACAUGAGGAAAAGCAAUUACUUUUUAAGUAAUAUGAGUCCAUCCACACAUGUGUUUCUGAUGAGAAAUAUAACUCAUCAUUAUAACACUGUCACCAACAAGAAACUUCUGGAGAGGCAGCUAAGACAUGGUCGACUUGGAAAGAUCAAUAUCUCAUUGUCGGCACUGGGUCAAGCUGUCGUAGCCCCACAGGUGUGCAAUAAACCCAGAGAAACCACAGAAACGGUGUUGAACCCAGCACCUUCAAUGUCUGGUGACACUGAACCUCAGGUAAGAGUUGACAACAAGAAAGCCAAUAGAAGGUCAACAGAUGCAACUUUUCCUGACCUGUGUGGACCACCGUGCGAAGCUCUGACAAAGCCUGAGAACAUUUUGGCCAGCCGUUCAUCAUGGUGUUUUGUACCGCACCCUGGCCAACAACAGCUUCUCAACUAUGUUCUGGACAUCAGCAGACCCAAAGAUGAGCUGAUUGUUGAAACGUCUUCUGGAUGCAUCACGCGGGCAGAUUUUUGGACACUGGGUUUAAACAAACAAAUGGAAUCAACUAUUGGAAAUGGCUGUUUUGAGCUUAUCACUAAAAUUGUUCAGUCAAAGGGGAUAAGCAUUUACAUAGAAAAUCUGUAUGUCACCCGGACUUGGCUUGCACCCUAUGGCUGUGAUCCAUUGCAGUCCUUUCCUACUGAUGCUCAGAGGAUGGACAUCAUAGUUCUCCCUCUCUAGACACCUGGUCAUUUCCAGUUGUGUGAAUCUUGCAGUGAAGCUCAUUCCCGGGCAGUGGUCAGAAAAAAAGAGCUUUGACUUGAAGGGUUUUUCAAGCCAAGACUAUGGAGUUGACUGUGGGAUCUUCAUGCUGAUGUCUGCUCUGUACGUGGCACUGGAUGCACCAUUUGACUAUACUAUAUCAGACAUGCCCUACUUGCGUAAAUGGUGGUGCUUGCUGUUGAUGGAGAACUUUGAUCUCAGAAGCUCUGGCAAGCUAUUUGCACACUGGAGAGAGGAAGCCAAAGCUGUGCUUGAAGGACAACACGUGCCCAUUUCCAGACUGAAAAAGCACAAGUUCCAGGAAGUCAGUCAGGAGCCAGCAGUUGUUGAAGAUCUGCGUCCUGCUGUGCAGUGGGUUGUCCAAAAUAAGGCACUUUUCCGUGGACACGUAACAAUGCCAAAAUAUCUGUCCUUAAAUCAAAGGGACCAGCAGAGGGUCUUAAGAGACAUGUCAGAGGAAGAAGACACUGGAGCAAGGGACUUGUUCCUCUUUGUUUUUCAGUUUGCAGAGGACAUGGAGCUCUUUUUGAAAGCAUGUGCUGAUGAGCAGGGACUAAGGGUCAGUGCUAUGUUUGACAUGUAAUGGACAAAUAAAGGCACUGGCUGUUUGUUAUAUUUGUUUCUUUCUUUAAUAUGUCGUUGUUGUUGUUUUUGUUUUGUUUUUGCAUAGUACAAAAUUCCAAUUAAACUUAUUUCAAAAUGUU